GGAUCACACUGUUUAAAGAGACAGCUGGAAUAUUAUAUUUGCAUCUAUUCUGGAUUUUUUUUCUGAUAAAGAAGACCAGAAUAAACUCUGACAUAAGCUUAAGAAGAUGAAGUGGGGACUCCUGCCCAGAUCAAUCACAUGGCAAGUGUUAUUUUAUUCAUUUUCCUUCUGGUGUGAUAUUGUCUCUGCUCAGCUUCAGUAUUCAAUACACGAGGAGCUGAAACAAGGAUCUAGGGUAGGAAACAUUGCAGAUGACCUGAGCUUGAAUAUUAAGGAUUUAUCUAGACGUAAAUUUCAGAUUGUUUCACAUGGAAGGAAACAGUAUUUUAAUGUUAAUCUUCAAAAUGGAAAUUUGUAUGUUGCAAAUAGAGUAGACCGAGAAGCUUUAUGUGGAAACCAACAGUCCUGCUUUUUCAAUAUUGAAGCGGUGAUUGAAAAUCCAUUACAGUUUUAUUCUUGUACAGUUGAGAUUCAAGAUGUAAAUGACAAUGCACCACAUUUUUCCAAGAGCAUCUUUGAUUUAGAAAUUAGUGAACUUGUUUUACCUGGCACCCGAUUUGCCCUUGGUACCGCAAAAGAUCCAGAUAGUGGUAUCAAUUCAUUGCAGGGUUAUAAACUAAGUGACAAUGAUUAUUUUAAACUUGGUGAAAAAUUAAGUAUAGAUGGGACGAAGGACCCUGAACUAAUCUUGGACAAACCCCUUGACCGCGAGAAUCAAAACUACUUUGAAUUUAUAUUAAUAGCCUUUGAUGGAGGAAAGCCAGUGAAAAGCGGUACAGCUCUUGUGAAGAUCACAGUGCAUGAUGUGAAUGAUAAUUUCCCAACAUUCAGUCAGGAUACUUAUCAGGUAACUGUAAGUGAAAAUAUACCAAAUGGUUUUCUUAUUCUUCAGCUAAAUGCUACGGAUGAGGAUGAAGGCUCAUAUGCAGAAAUAAUGUACUCACUUAGUGAUAUUUCAGAAAAUAUACAUCAUCUAUUUGCAAUAGAUCCUCUGAAAGGAGAUAUUAUAGUAACGGGAAACUUGGACUAUGAGGUAACUGAUAGUUAUGCAUUCACCGUAGAAGCUAAAGAUGGAGGAGGCCUGGCUUCUCAUUGUAAGGUAUUUAUAAAAAUUACUGAUGUUAAUGAUAAUGCCCCAGAAAUUACUAUUACAUCUCUGUCAGCAUCAAUUCCUGAGGAUACACAACCUGGUACUGUCAUUGCACUUGUAAAUAUAUAUGAUAUGGACACUGGGAAAAAUGGGGAGGUUGUCUGUGACAUUGAUGGGAAGUUGCCCUUUCAUCUGGUUUCAUCAUCCACUAGUUACUAUAAACUUGUGACUUCAACCAGCUUGGACCGAGAACGUGUCAGUGAGUAUAACAUCACCAUGACAGCUAGAGAUGGAGGAUCCCCAUCACUGUCAGUGGUUAAAACCAUAAAAUUAGUGGUAUCAGAUGUGAAUGACAAUCCUCCUGCUUUUGAGAAAACAAACUAUAUUGUCUAUAUUGAAGAAAAUAAUUUACCAGGAACUUCAGUAUAUGGAAUUCUUGCAUCUGAUCAUGACUAUGAAGAAAAUGCAAAAAUUACAUAUUCCAUAUUCACCAACAAUUCUGAAAAUGCCAGAGUGUCAUCAUAUGUCUCCAUAAACUCAAUGACUGGGGUUCUAUAUGCUCAGAGGUCAUUUGACUAUGAACAGUUGCGAGAAUUUCAGUUCCAGGUCAUGGCUAAAGACAGCGGAUCUCCUCCUCUAAGCAGUAAUGUCACAAUGAGGAUAUGUAUCAUUGAUAAGAAUGAUAAUGCUCCUAAGAUUCUCUACCCAUCCCCAGACACUGAGGAACCAGCAUUGUGUGAGUUUAUUCCUCACUCUGCUGAGAAAGGUUAUCUAGUGACCAAAGUGAUUGCGGUGGAUGCUGACUCUGGGCACAAUGCCUGGCUCUCCUACCACUUACUACAAGUUCCUGAUCCUACGUUAUUUCUCAUCGGCCAACAAACUGGUGAAGUCAGGAUAGGACGAGACCUGCCAGACAAGGACUUUUUCAGACAUAAGAUUGUGGUUCUGGUGAAGGACAAUGGAGUACCCUCUCUGUCAUCUACAGUCACUUUGAACUUGGUUUUUGCCGAACACUUUCAGCAAGUUGUACCAGAGAUAAAACAUCAGCCAGCUAAUCGUUAUAAUUCAUCUAACAUAACGUUCUACCUGUUAAUAGCUAUAGCACUGAUUUCUCUUUUAUUCAUUGUGACAGUGAUGGUUACAGCAGUUUUUAAAUGCCGAAAUACUAGUACUCCAACAUCUUUGGGAACUCAAAGGAGAAACGUGUAUCCACAAUUCAGCCUGGGGUGUCCCUCUGAGAUCAGUGAUGGGAGCUUACCUUAUCCAUUCUCCUAUGAUGUGUGUGUGACCCUGGACUCAAAGCAGAAUGAAAUUGCCUAUCUGAAACCGGUGCAGAAUGUCCCCACAGACAACCUCAUUGACACAGGUGACUCAGCUGCUGGAAAUGAAUUCUUGAAAAAUUUCCUAUCAUCUACCAGCGGCAUAGAGGUAAGACAAUGCAUUUUGUGUGUAUGUUACGUCAUAUACUAG